CUGAAUACCGAAGGUGUGAAAUUCUGGACAGUGAAAACAACAAUGAUGAUAGCUCUCGUCUUCAUUUCCGUAUUUGUCCUUCUUGUACUCUUAUUAUUCAAAUUCGCUACGGCUGAAGGGGAUUUCACUUUGAUUUCCAAAAGACACAUGAAGCGUGAAGAAAUUGAAGAUAAGGUUUUCUGGAUUACUGGUGCUAGUCGGGGAAUUGGGGAAGUUCUUGCUAAGCAACUUGCAAACUUAGGAGCUAAGCUUAUCCUUUCUGCGCGAAAUGAAGCUGAACUGGAGCGAGUUAAGAAUCAACUUACUGGUAAACAUGCACCGGAUGGCGUUAAGAUUUUGCCAUUGGAUUUGACAUCUGGUGAAGAUUCUCUCAGGGAGGCUGUAGAGAAAGCGGAAUCAUUUUUUCCUGAUAGUGGUGUUGAUUACAUGAUCCACAAUGCGGCUUUUGAGCGUCCUAAACAAUCAGCUCUGGAGGUUCCAGAGGAAGGUCUUAAGGCAACAUUUGAUGUCAAUGUUUUUGGGACAAUCUCUCUCACACGAGUCCUGGCACCUCACAUGCUGAGGCGGGGAAAAGGUCAUUUUGUUGUGAUGAGCAGCGCUGCCGGAAAGACACCUGCACCAGGUCAGGCUUUGUACUCUGCUUCUAAACAUGCUCUGAAUGGAUACUUCCAUACUUUGCGUUCUGAGCUUUUUCAGAAAGGAAUCAAGGUGACUGUUGUUUGCCCAGGGCCAAUAGAAACAUCAACUGGUUCGGGAGCAUCAUCUUCUGCAACCAAAGGUCUUUCUGAGAAGCGUGUGUCAUCAGAAAGGUGCGCUGAGCUGACAAUAAUUGCUGCCAGCCAUGGGCUAAAGGAAGCUUGGAUAUCUAACCAGCCUGUUCUAGCUGUCAUGUAUUUGGUGCAAUACAUGCCAACCGUUGGUUUUUGGCUCAUGGACAAGAUCGGUGGAAAGCGGAUUGAAGUUGCUGCGCAGAAGGGCAACGCUUACUCAAUAGGCUUACUAUUUGGGAAAAAGAAGUCAUCUUGACUUGAAUCCCCUUUCUUGGAUCAGAAGGAACAGCCAAGUUCAAACUAAUUUGGCACAUGAAAAGAACGAAUUGAUAUACUUCCUUUUCUUUCGCUAUUUUAUUUUCUCUGCAAAUUUGAGUCGCAGGUCCAAGGACUUGAACUUCAGAUGCUUUUAAUAGAAACCCAAUAAAUUUUAC